AUGGCGGCUAGCAGGAUUCGUGACUGGCGACCCCACCGUCUCCAGGAGGCGCAGAGCCUGCUGGUGCAGCCGCUGCUGCAGUACUGGUUACCGCGCUUCCUGCGCAGUAAGGACCAGGGCUCCCCUCUCAUCAGCUACGAGGGGAGCGACGUUUCUGUGGAGUCCCUAGGGCGCCCUACUUCAGCAACAUCUCUCGGGUUCGACACGGCGGAUGUGACGUCACGGCCCCAGUCCUGUAUCCCCAGACUCCGGUCUUCUACAGAGGCAGCCAGACGCAUCUACGGAGGCGGCCAAGGAAAGGCCGACGAAUUUGAAAGAUUCAAGACAAGUGUCACCAGGUCCAGAAGCGCCCGGAACACACACAACCACUCCAGCACCCCUCAAGUCGACCAGCUCCAGUCAGAAUCAAACAUCACUUGCACAAGACCGUCUUCGAAAAACAAGAAAAGUGUCGACGACGCAAAACAGAAACGAGAAGAACUUAGGAUGAAGAAAGAACUGGAAAGGCGAUUUCCCAUAACGAAAGUGCGGCCUAGAAAAUCGUCCUCCUCUACAAGACGACCGAAGAGUAGUCCCAGUACCGGUGCUGACAGUAAAAUAGUGUCAUUCUGCCUCUCCGCAACCCGACCACCUACAGCACCGAACAACACAGGGAGGGGUACGCCAACUAAAAAGUGUGAACACGAAAGAAAAGUGGAAACUAAAUCCCCAGGGAAGCAACCCAACCGUCCCAAAACUGCAGGGGCCCAACCUGAAGAACUGAGCAGUGACACACAGGAAACGGAAGUGACGCAAGUUGAGCAGACUCUAGUUCUUGACAAACGAGCCGGGAACUUUUUCGAGCAGUUCUGUGAGGCGUCAGGCAACAAGAUAUGGGUGAACGCUGUAGACUUCUGGAGGGACUUGCAGGAGUACCGGCGCCUGUUCAACACGGAACCCCGCCAGGACUACAACAUCCAGCGGAAAGCUAGGCGGCUGUACUCACGAUACAUCGUGACGGGGGCGUCCCGGAGUAUCCUCUGUCCUGUAGACAUAUCCUUCGAGGUGGGGUGUGCCCUGUCGGCAGAGGCGCACAGCCAGGACAACUUCUCAGCUGUGGAGGACCACGCCCUGCUGGUGCUGAAGGAGGCCUGGCUCGCCAUGAGGAGUGAGGAGGCUGACCUGUUGGUGGGACCGCUGAAGAUACCACACUGAGGGGAGCAGACUCCGUACAUCCGUCUCCAUACAUCUAUUAGGCCAUCUUGAUUUGAUUAUAUGGAUGACAUCACCUGGGAACCCCAAAAUUGGU